AUGAUGACGUCGUCAGACUGCGUCACAACUACAGCUGCUGCGGCAGGAAUUCCGCUCCUGUUCCUAUACCCGGUUAUGUUUUUAUUAUUAUAAUUACAGAUUUCUGAUUAUAUACGAUUAUUAAAUUCAGAACGACACGGUGAGGAGCAGCAGGAGCGUCUUUAGGACCCGGAUGAAGGUCUCCGGUUGUGUAGGAUGGCAGGGGUGUUCGACAUCGACCUGGAGUCAGAGGACGUGAGCGACGCGGAGGAUGAAGUGUGCGACUUCACAGUGGAGGAAAUCGAACCCGGCGAGACGGAGGAGGUGGAGCUCACCAGCGCCAGCGUCAACAGGGACAGCGAGAGAGUCGGACCCGACUGCUUCGAACUGCUCACCGUACUCGGGAAAGGAGCUUACGGCAAGGUUUUCCAGGUCCGGAAAGUCCAGGGAAGUCAGACAGGAAAAAUAUUCGCCAUGAAAGUUCUGAAAAAGGCAAAAAUCGUGUGCAGUGCGAAGGACACGGCUCACACAAGGGCAGAGCGAGAGAUCCUGGAGAUUGUGCGUCACCCCUUCAUCGUGGACCUGUGGUAUGCCUUUCAGACUGGCGGAAAACUCUACCUCAUACUGGAGUGUCUGAGCGGUGGUGAACUGUUCAUGCAGCUGGAGAAGGAGGGGAUCUUCAUGGAGGACACGGCCUGUUUUUAUCUGGCUGAGAUAACGUUAGCACUGGGACACCUGCACUCCAACGGGAUCAUCUACCGAGACCUGAAACCCGAGAACAUCAUGCUCAAUCACGAAGGCCACAUUAAGCUCACGGACUUUGGCCUGUGUAAGGAGUCCAUCCAUGACGGCAGCGUCACACACACCUUCUGUGGAACCAUCGAGUACAUGGCUCCAGAGAUUUUGAAUCGCUCAGGACACAACCGAGCCGUGGACUGGUGGAGCCUCGGAGCGCUGAUGUACGACAUGAUGACCGGCUCGCCUCCGUUCUCAGCUGAAAACAGGAAGAGGACCAUUGACAAAAUCCUGAAGUGUAAACUGAACCUUCCUCCGUACCUCACGCCGGACGCCAGAGAAGUGAUCAAAAAGUUGUUGAAGAAGAACCCGGCUCAGAGACUGGGCUCCAGUAAAGCCGAUUGCGCAGACAUCCAGAAGCAGCCUUUCUUCCGUCAUAUUAACUGGAACGAUCUGCUGAAUAAACGAGUGGAGCCGCCCUACAGGCCCUCGCUGCACUCGGAUGAAGACGUCAGUCAGUUUGACAGUCGUUUCACCAGACAGACACCAGUGGACAGUCCAGACGACACGACACUGAGUGAUAGUGUUGAUCAUGCGUUUGCUGGCUUCACCUACGUGGCCCCCUCAGUGUUGGAGAGCCUGAAGGAGGGGUUCUCAGUGGAACCGCGGUUACGGCCCGUCCGCAGACACAACAGCAGCCCUCGCACCCCACUCAGCCCUCUCUCUGAGCCCUUUAAGAUCAGUAUUGAUAGAGAGGAGGAGCCUCCUGCUCAAGCCCCGCCCCUCGCUGUUGAAAACGGAGCCUCCAAGCCUAUCAGAACUCCGGGACGCAACAAGAAACAAAAAGGCCGUCGUGGAUUCAAGUGUGUGAUGGAGGACUGUACAGUGCAUGUAGGGGGCGUGGCCUCAGUGACCCUGCACUCAAACCAAAGACUCUUGACAGGAGAACGAAAGCGAGGCGUCCGAAGCAUGUCGGGAUUGCGGGGACUGCGCUUUAUUAACACGUGUUUGCAGAAAGCUUCGGAUCAUGUGACCGCAUAUGGAAGAACAUUUUCACAAAAAAAAUUGACAAUGUCAUCUGGAGUUUAUUUUAUUUACAGGACAAUCAAAGAUAUGAUUUAUUACGUUUUGUUUGAAACUGUAUUUAAACAAAUUAUUUGCUAUUUUUUUUUGACGAUUUGUUUUUCCUCAAAUUUGGGGAUUUUCCUUUAAAGAAAAAAAACUAAUAAAUCCAUCACAAUCAAA